AUCGUAAAGUGGUCAGACUGUUGCUUGCCAUUAGCUUGCAGACCUGGGGAUCCUUAUCAGUUAAUUGCUGAAGCAAGUGUGGACAACUUCAGCAAGCUGGGGGUGGCGUUUAUGGAAGACAGACUCCAGAUGGAUAAUGGACUGGUGCCCCAGAAAAUCACGUCUGUGACCUUGCAGGAUUCUACUCUGACAGAACUUAAGGAUCAGGCCUCCUAUAAGCAAGCACAAAUUCUUCAGCAGAACCCUGAACCUUCUGUUGAGAUUAAACCUGAGCGGGAUGUCAUGGAGCAUGUUGGCAAAGAUGACCUGAAGGCUCUUGGUAAAGACCCCGAGCAGAAUGGAGGCAGUGCCUCUGGGGAUGAACCUGUAGAGGAUGGGAGCAGGGAAGAGGGCUCCACUGUGCAUCCUCACCUCCAUCUCUCUAGUUGCCAUGAGUGCUUGGAACUUGAGAGCAGCACCAUCGAGUCAGUGAAGUUUGCAUCUGCAGAGAACAUUCCGGAUCUUCCUUACAGCAGCAGUGUGGAGGGUGUUUCUGAUGAGCUUCUUCCUAAAAGUGAAGGGAAGAGAGUCAACAUCUCAGGAAAGGCACCCAACAUCCUGCUGUAUGUGGGCCCCGACUCCCAGGAAGCCCUCGGCCGGUUCCAGCAGGUCUGCUCGGUUCUGACUGACUGUGUGGACACUGACAGUUAUUUGCUGUACCAGCUGCUGGAGGAAAGUGCUCUUAGAGACCCGUGGCCAGACAACUGUGUGCUGUUGGUCAUUGCUACCUGCAGCUCCAUUCCCAAAGACCUGCACCAGAAGUUCAUGGCCUUUCUCUCUCAGGGAGGGAAGGUGUUGAGCCUGUCUUCGCCCUUCGUGUUUGGUGGCUUUCAGGUGACAAGCAAGGGCACACUGCACACGACAGUCCAGAGCUUGGUUUUCUCCAAGGCUGACCACAGUGAGGUGAGGCUCAGUGUCCUGAGCAGUGGCUGCAUUUAUGAGGAGGGCCCUGGAGAACAGCUCGGCCCCGGCAAGCUCCAUGGCCACCUGGAGAAUGUGGAUAAAGACAGGACAAUUGUGCAGGUGCCUUUUGGAACAUGUGGAGGAGAAGCUAUUCUUUGCCAGGUACACUUAGAACUACCUCCCAGCUCUUCAGAAGCGCAAACUCAAGAAGAUUUUAAUUUACUCAAAUCAAGCAAUAUUAGAAGAUACGAAGUCCUUAAGGAGAUCCUGACAGCACUUGGCAUAAGCUGUGCUGUGACACGAGUGCCCGCCUUAACACCCCUGUACCUGCUGUUGGCCGCCGAGGAGAUUCGGGAUCCUCUUAUGCAGUGGCUUGGUACACACGUGGAUCCUGAAGGAAUAAUAAAAUCCAGCAAACUCUCUCUUAAGUUUGUUUCAUCUUGUGCGCCUGAAGUAGAGAUAACCCCGUCUUCUCUACCUGUGAUUACUGACACAGAGGCCUUCUCAUCAGAAAGUUUUAACUUGGAAAUCUAUCGACAAAAUCUGCAGACCCGGCAACUUGGCAAAGUGAUUCUGUUUGCUGAAGUGACUCCCACCACGAUGAGUCUUCUGGACGGGUUGAUGUUUGAGAUGCCGCAGGAAAUGGGUUUAAUAGCGAUCGCAGUCCGGCAAACCCAGGGCAAAGGACGAGGAAGGAACGCAUGGCUGAGCCCCAUGGGAUGUGCUCUCUCUACCCUGCUCAUCUCCAUCCCACUGAGAUCCCAGCUGGGACAGAGGAUCCCAUUUGUCCAGCAUCUAAUGUCCCUGGCUGUCGUGGAGGCUGUGCGGUCCAUUCCCGAGUAUCAGGAUAUAAACUUACGGGUGAAGUGGCCCAACGAUAUUUAUUACAGUGACCUCAUGAAGAUUGGUGGAGUGCUGGUUAACUCAACACUCAUGGGAGAAACAUUUUAUAUACUUAUUGGCUGUGGAUUUAACGUGACUAACAGUAACCCGACCAUAUGCAUCAAUGACCUCGUCACAGAGUACAAUAAGCAACACAAGGCACAGCUGAAGCCCUUACGAGCUGAUUAUCUCAUAGCUAGAACUGUGACCGUGCUGGAGAAACUGAUCGACACAUUUCAGGACAAAGGGCCCAACGGUAUACUUCCCCUGUACUACAAAUAUUGGGUUCACAGUGGCCAGCAAGUCUGCCUGGGAAGCGCCGAGGGGCCGAAGGUGUCGAUUGUCGGCCUGGAUGACUCUGGCUACCUUCAGGUUCAUCAGGAGGGCUGUGAGGUGGUGACUGUGCAUCCGGACGGCAACUCCUUCGACAUGCUGAGAAACCUCAUCCUCCCCAAACGGCGGUAGUGCAGGGCCUGCGAAGGCGAGCGUGCAGCUGGAAUGCCUUGGGACCCCAGGACGAGGCACAGAAGCACCACGCUGCGUGGCCGCCUCUCCUCGCCACGACACUAGAUAGCCGUAAACAGUUGCCGGUGAAAUUUUCCCCUCCAAUUCAUUCGUUGACUCUAAUUUUUUUCUAUUUUUCUGGGUCUUUUUUUAAGGUUUGUUUUGUUAUUGUUUUUUUUUUUCUUUUUAAUUUUAUUUUGGUGGUUGAAGAUGCUCUGGGAUGUAGCGUUGACAGGUGGAAGAUUAGUUUAGGUAAAGCCUCAGAGGAGGUGUGAAAUGACUCCCCUUUUUGGACAUGGAUUUAUUGGAAAGAAUAGUUUUUAUAUGAAAAUAGAAAUGGGAGACCUUUACCCCUAAACUAUUUAAAAAAAAAAAAUCAAGG